GAGGCUGCAGGGGAGGACAUUUCACAGGCAGAUAAGGGGAGACUCCCGUUGAGAUCGGAGCUCUGUCUAGCUCAGGGAACCGAAGAGAAGCAGAAAGCAGUCCACCGGGCUCUUCGUUCUCCCCAAAGCUGCAAUGAGACACAGAAAAGUUAAAUGACUUGUCCAAGAUUACAGCCAGUCACCGACAACUGUGUCUCUCUAGGUCCUUUUGUAUUACUGUAGUCCUUGUGUUGCAUUGUGCUGUUGAUGGGCCAGGGAAUUGGCUGCCCAGAAAAAAGCAGAAAGUCAGAGCCCGCUCUAAAUCAGAGCAUGAAGAAGGCGGAAGAUGGAGAAGAGGGCAGAGAGGAAGCUGUGGAGAGAGGUGACAAACAGCUAAGAGCUCUCGGUGGUGUGGCAGACUUAAACAAUGGAGCCAUUGGGCUGUACAAUAUGGGACUGAGCUGCUGCCUGAAUUCUCUGCUUCAGGUGUUCCUCAUGAACACACACUUCACCGUGAUACUACGAAGGAUCAGAGUGCCGACAGUACCUAUAGAACAAAAGAAGAGUGUCCCAUACCAAAUGCUCUUGCUGUUGGAACAGAUGCAGCGUAGCAAACGGAGAGCUGUGUAUCCCCAGGAACUUGUCAGCUGUCUCACUUGGCACAAUCUGAAAUUGUUUGUCCAGUAUGAUGCUGCUCAACUCUUCCUGAGCCUCUGGAACCUAAUUAAGAGUCAGAUCACAGACGGGCAGCUGGCUGACAGGUUGACCACGCUGUACACUAUCUGGGUGCAGGAGUAUCUGGUUUGUCAGAAGUGCUCCUUUGAAACAAGGAGGGACAGCAACAUGUUAAGCCUCCCACUCCCAAUGUUUAAUUCCUGUUCUCAGCGACUGAAGACACUGGAGGAUUCCCUGCGUUGCUUUUUCCAGCCUGAGCAGCUGACUGACAACAACAUGUGUCUCUGUGAACAGUGUGAAAGGAAAACACCAUGUCUGCAAGGCAUGAGGCUAACAUGUCUGCCACACACCCUUACCCUUCACCUAAAGCGCUUCUACUACAAGAAAUCUUCCUGGACUCAGAAGAUCAGCUACUCUCUACCUUUUCCACAAAGCCUUGAUUUCAACCAGAUCCUGACACAAGAGCAAUGUCACCCAGAUGCCAAAGAGAAGGCAGAUUGGCAGUAUGAGCUCUUUGGGGUUGUUGCUCAUUCGGGAUUAGCCAGCUUUGGUCACUAUUGUGCCUACAUUCGGAGUCUCACAGAAGGCAAAUGGUAUUGCUUCAAUGAUUCCAGUGUCUGUCAGGUAUCGUGGGAUGAUGUCAAAUGUACCUAUGGAAAUUCACAUACCCACUGGAGUGAAACUGCCUAUCUCCUGGUUUACAUGAGAAAGAAUCCCCAGUAGCCUCAUCCAGGCCUGCUUCAGGGACCUGGGGGCUGUACGCAGGCCCCACCCUAUUUAUGGAAUCUGACAACCCUGUUCCAAGAAGAAUAUCUACAAAUUCAUCAGUACAGCAGAGUGGGAGACCUGAACUCAGUUCAGCAGUGACACGUCACUGUGUAUAGUGUGAGUAUGGGGGAAUGGAAAGGUUCUGUGGGGGCCCGUGACCACUCCCUGUGUUGUCUCAGCCUCCACCUCCUGGAACUUGAUAUGUAUCAGACAACAGAGAAGAGCAACCACUUCCUCCUCCUGCUCUCUGUCCUGUGCUGCCCACAGAGCUUGCAGGCAUCCUCCCUGCCUGAACAAUCCUCAUUCAAGUGUUCAAAUCAAGACCAACAAAAGGAGCGACACAGUUGGGAUGCACAAUCCCCCAUGCGCCAUCAGGGUGGGUGGUGCCAGGGUGGGAUGGUGGUUGGGGCUGGAUCACCUCAGUUAACAAGAAGUUGGAGAAUUAUCAGUCACUUUUUGUUGGGGUGGUGGGGAGUAAAUGACACCCCCAAAUUGCCUUCCCCUUGAUAUGCACAUUGGAGGCUGCUGCUGUUUCAAUGCACCCCCAGUAGCAGCAAGCUGCGGUUGCAGAUGCAUUGAAACAGCAGCAACAGGGUCUGCUCCCACUGUCCCCCCACAGCCUGCUCCCUUCACUCACCCCUGGGGUUCUCGGGCUGGAUGGGGCUCCAGGGUGGGGCUUCCUCUUGAAGAUGCCCCCGUGACUCACCCCUGGGGGUGGUCUACAAAGCAGGCAGCAGGAAGUACUGGGGCUCCAGCAGCAGGGAAGGAGAAGCAGCCCCAUGUAGCGAGGCGGGUGUGUGUGGGUGGGAAGGGGAGAGCUCAGCCAGACGCCCUGAUGCAUCCUCCCUUUCCGCACUGCACAGACACACAGCCAGGGGGAGCCGCUGCCUCUCACUACUGGGUGUCCCAGUGAAAGGGGGUCUGAGAAAUCUGGGGGGCUGUGUGCUGCCCUCCCCCAAGCAGUGCCUCUGUUUCCCCCCCACCCCCCGCCCAGAUUGCCAUGGUUUUUUUCUGGUGGCUGCUGCACAGAAAUUGUCAUUCUCACUCAUGCCUGCUGCUGCCAAUGACUCUGCUCUGCAGACUGCCUCUCAACCACGCUUCCUACUGCCUUCUAGGCUGUGCAAGAGGGAGUGGGUCUAUGAAGAAAAUCAUCUUAAUCAGCAGAAAAAAAUCUUUAUACUGUGCCACAUAUUCAUGACCUCCUUGUGCCAUUGAUUCAGCUUGCACAUUGGCUCCAACUUCAGUGUCAUGCAGCUGGAGGGAGGACUUGGGAAUUAGGAAGGAAGAGGAUUGGACAUCAAUGACAAGUAAAAAUCAGAAGUACACAUAUUUAUAAAGUCUCAUCAUCAGGUACACUAGGUUUCACAUUUUCUCAGUAGGGAAAGUUAUAAUUUUUUAUUAGGACCACAUUUUACAGUGCCUAUGUGCAGCUAGUCCUGGGAAAGAGACAGUAACAUUGGGCGGUGCUGAAGAGAGUGCUUUCUGUACCUAGACUAGAUCAUCCUGGAAUAUCUGCUCUGGCAUCCACUUCAUAUCUGAUAAUAAGGAGUGUAGUACCAACUUAAUAAUGACAGAAGCUGUAUGUGUUCUGUCUUUAUUGUUAUCAUGAAGAAAUUCCCAAGAUAAUGCCUAUAAGUGAUAGAUUUUUUUUAUGUAGAUUUUAAAUGGGCUUUUGGGAGGGGGAGAGGGAAAAGGGAGGUGAAAGAGCUAGAGUGUAACUGAGAGACUGAUUAUAGUUAAUUAGCAGGUAAUUACACCAUUGUUUGGACAAUCUAUUUUAUUCUGUUCUGCCACAUUUUAUUUGAAACUUAUAUUAAUAGCUUUAAUUUAUUGCAGAAGUUGUAUUGGUUGGCUCAGUAUAAACUAAAAUAUAUAAAUACAGGGCAACCUAUUUUGGUGCUUGAUAUCUCUCAAACGUUAUACUGAGAAGCAUUUGAUCAUAUAUAUUAAGUAUCUGUUCAGUCAAUUAUCAUGCAAAAGAUCAUAAACUGUGACACAAACAUAUAAUUUUUAUAUUAUUAUGAAUAAAACAUUGUGUGUCAGUG